CACCAUGCAAGAGGGGAUUUGUAUAUAAAAGCUCUCUGGAUAGCAAUGCCAUCAGAAACCACAAUUUCACUUACACACUCGGUUGUCACUUGGCCACGGCACGUACGACAUACCAACAGAAUAAUCACGCUCAAAGGAUCAACAUGAGAUCAUUAGUGCUAUUGGUCCUGGUAGCGGUAGCUAUUGCAAGCGUUUCCUGCAGGGAAACGAAGGCAGAUAACCGACCAUUCAGGCCACCGCCGAAGGGCAAGCGCGGCGUCGUUGAAUAUUCCGGCGGCGGAUCCUCCUACAAUUCCCCCCUCAUAAGUACCGGAUAUAACGGCGGAUCUUAUUUGGGACAUUCGGCGGGUAUUCAAAACCUAGGAGGAGGCGGCAUUCUCGGACACGGUUCCAUAGGAUACUCGCUGGGAUCCGGGGGACUCACCGUCGGUCUUCAAGGGCUCAAUUCAGGAGGACACUCCGGGCAAUCCUCGUACGCCACGCCGAGUCUGGGCUCCGCCGGCGGGGGAGGAAGUAUCGGCCUGUUCAGUUCGUCUUCCAGCAAGAACGGGCCAGUUACUUUCGGCGUGCACGGUGGCGGUGUUUCAACGAGCGGUUCUAGCAGUUACUCGGUACCAAUCUACGCAACGGGAGGCCACGGAUCGCCGUCGUACGGUAGCGGUGUCUCGAGCAGUAUCAGCCUCCCGGCGAUGUUGGGAUCCGGGUACAGCUCCUCGUACAGUUUGCCGGGGGCGUCGUUAGGCUCGCUAGGCAGUUCCUCGAGUCACAGCCUGCCAAUCCAAUCCAUUGCCCCGAGUUCGUCCUAUCACUCGGUGAGCGGAGGUUUAGUAAUUGAUUCCAGCUCGCUUGGUAAAGGAUCCUCUGGCUACAGCCUCCCCGUUUCUUCCUCUCACGGAAGCUCGUCUCUUGGCGGCUCCGGCAGCUACUCUCUCCCAUUAUCGUCGGAUGGUUCCGCUAGUUACUCUUUGCCACUCUCCUCUGGUUCAUCCGACUCUGGCUAUUCCCUUCCCGUUUCUUCUGGAUCGUCCAUCUCCAGCUCACAUUCCAAUUACAUACCAUCGUCUUCCUCCGAAACGUCAUAUUCAUCGGGUGGAAGCGCCAGUUACUCCGACUCGAGUUCCAGCUAUUCCGGAUCAAUUUCCAGCUACUCCAAUCCCAGCUCGAGUUAUUCCGGCUCAUCCAACGGGUACUCGACGAGCUACUCGGCACCUUCCACCUCGUACAGUAUUCCAGUUGAAUCUCAUGGUUCCUAUUCAAAUCUGAGUCCUAGGUACGUUGCGUACACCGGCUCGAAGGGUUACGAAAAUUCAAAUAUUGCCGCCGGCAAUAGAUACGACACGAUCUCGUAUUCCAGUCCAAGUGGGAAAUAUUAAAUUGCCAAAUUGUCCAACACGUACGAACACAUACGAUCCGAAAUAAAUCGGGAAACGUAUGAUCGAUCGUGGCCGAUUCUUGGACAAAGUCGAUCGUCCAAGGAUCGUACGACGCCGUGCUAAUUUAUAUUUAUGUAUUUAGUGUAAUUGUUUUAUUUAAGACGCCAUUGCGUAUUGCGACGUUGUUUGCUUCGAGUAUGCGUUUGGGUAACAUUGAUACUGCGAUGUUUGUUUCAUGUUGUUUAUAAUAAAGCGAUUGUUUUUUUUUUUUUUU